CAGAAAUAAUGGAAGAGAGCCAAUUGCGUGGGAAGAUGGAGCAGAGUCUCCAUGAGGCAGCCCUUCAAGGGGACACAGCCCUGUUAAAUCAAAUUCUCGCCAAGGAUCCAUUGAUUCUUCGACGAAUAAAGGUAGGUUGUUUCGUCACACUCCUCUCCACGUGGCGGCAUUCGAGGGGAAGUUGGAAUUCGUUCAGGCGCUGUUGGCGAAGAAUAAGGGGCUCGCCCGAAUACUGGACCCGCGGCGGUGGUCGGCGCUUCACCUGGCGGCCGCGCAAGGACAUUGCCAGAUCGUGAGAGAAUUAGUGAGAGCUAACCCCGACAUGUGCGCGACUCUCGACGGCGAUGGGAGAAAUCUGCUUCACCUGGCGACCAUGGAGGGUGAUGUCUGUGUGUUGACUAUGUUCCUUGAGGACAAAACCUACUGGAAUCAUGAGUUGCUCAAAGCUAAAGACAGUGGUGGCAACACCAUAUUUCAUCUGGCUGUCAAGCACAAGAAAUUUGAGGCCAUGCAGUUCUUAGUUAAGAAAGUGGAAGCUGAACUGAAAGGGAAGAACAUACAAAAGCCAGCUAACCCGUUAAACGAAUGCGGGUACACAACUCUGGACAUUCUAGAGGAAAUCAAAGCUGACGUACCAGAAUUUGACAAUGUCAAGGAAAUGUUUCGAAAACCUAAUGCCUUGAAAGCUAGUGAAGUCAAUCAGGUUGAGUGGUUGUCCAAGAAGCGGGAUGCCCCGAUGGUGGUUGCAUCGCUCAUUGCAACCAUGGCUUUCCAAGCUGGGGUGAGCCCUCCUGGUGUUUUCUGGCAAGAAAAUUCAGCCGACCAUAGAGCUGGGGAAGCUGUGAUGGCUUUUAACUACCCAGAUUCAUAUCCACUGUUCCUUCGUGCCAACACAAUCGGAUUUGUGGCAUCAGUAAGCACGAUCCUGUUUCUGGUAACUGGAUGGCCCUUCAAGAAGUUCUUAAUGUGGAUCUUGGUGCUAAUUAUGUGGAUCUUGGUGCAGUGUGAUGGCACUUCUUUUAGUAGCUCACACCAUUCGCUUGUUGAAUCGGUGGUUGAAGAUCAGCCAGCAAAUAGAUGUAUGGACAGGGAUGAAGAAGUUCCAAAUAGAUGUAUGGACAGGGAUGAAUAAGUUCCUCAAACUCAACUCACCUCGAAGCGACCAACCCCAACCAGCUUCAGCUAAUGGGAAUCGACCCCAACUGGCUUCGGCUAAUAAGAACGGGGAGCCUGUUUGAUCUUUCGCUUUAUCAUUGUGCUUGAAUUAGUGAAAGAGCAUUGGUAUGUAUCAUCAAUGGAAUGAGCAGAGUUUUGUUACAUAAUGUGUUGUUUCCCUGUCUUGUUGCUAUGCUUGGGAUCAAUGGAAAUUGAAUUCUUAAUUAAUAUAUUGAAAUCCAAUCUGUAUUAACAUCGUUCUAUUAUUCUGGAACUUAGUCUCUGGCAAUAAGAUAUGUUAAAUUUCAUGAU